GGCGAUCUCUCCCGUUCGAUGCCCAGCGUCCGCUCGCCCUCGAUGUCGCCCCGGCGACACGGUCGAGCCCGCACCUACGCCGAUCUCCGGCUGGCCCGGGUCGCAAAAACCUACUCUCGAUGCCGUGCCAUCGCUAAUAUUCGCGUGACCGCGGAUCACAGCGAGGAGCAUCGAAAGGCUUUGAAAAUUGUCCAAGUUGGAAGUCAGGUAAAGUCAUCAGUGCACUUUCUAUUAAAUGUUCUGGUUUAA